CAAGUUGCUUACAAUAAAUAAGAAUAUUCCCGCUUCUCCGUUAUCUUUGUUUUCCUCCUAUUGGAUAAAGUGCUGAGAAGUUGUGAUGUCAUCUUACUACUGGAUGUGACGUCACUGCGAAGUAUUUACAAUUUCUUCCAAAGUAGUUUUUCGGCGUUUCCCGUUUUAAUUGUAGCAUAAUUCAAGGAGGAGACGCGGUAUUGGUUUUUCUUCACUGUUGCUUCAUUUCAAUAUUUCGCGAUCAUAUUUUUUUUCUCAAGAACUUGAUCUCUGGAGAUCAUCAUUUUCAGUCAUUUCGUCUUGGAGUGUUGCCGGUGCUGCCAUCAAAUUUAACGGAGCGUUUUUGACGUUUCGGUUUACCUUCUCGACAGUUUGCGUGUUUCAGUUGUGGUUGGUUUUCUUGAGUGCAGUGAUACUUUAUUUGAACAGAAAUCAAUUUCACUUCAUUCGACUUUAGAGAAUGCUAGCUAAAAUUUGCCUUGUGGGACCUAAAGGAGUGGGUAAAAGUACCAUGGCAUCGAGAUUUGACAAAGAUGCUUUUUCGAAAUUCCUUAGAGGCACUGCAAUCGCAAAUUAUAAAAUGGUAAUCGGAAAUUACAAAAUGGACUUAGAAAUUUGGGAUACUUGUGGAGAAGAUCGUUUCAGAUGCAUGGGUCCUAUAUUCUACAAAGCUACGAGAGCAGCCAUGUGUAUGUUUGACAUGGCAUCCAAACAGUCAUUUAUUGACCUUCAAGCUUGGGUUGUCGGUGUCCAACAGACCGCAAAUGAUGAAUGCAUUUUUGUGCUGCUCGGUAACAAAAAAGAUCUGAGUGGAAGCAGGGAGGUAACGGAAAAAGAAGCACUAAAAUACGCAGAAUCAAUAGGAGCAACAUAUUUUGAAAUAUGCGCCACGAGUGGAGAAGGAGUUGACAAAGUGUUCGACCACAUUGUUUCCAGUCUCUUACAACAGAAUGACUGCUACAGUAGCUAUCACGCUAAACUGGCAAUAACCACCAGUGGCAUGGGAUUCUGCGGCUGUACAGGUGUUAAAAAAAGCAAGAAGUUGAAAUCAGAUAAAACAAGAUGUUUCCCGUGCUUGCUCAUCCGAUGAUUUUCUCGACAUCAUCUAUAUUUAUUGGACUCGAAUUCAAAUGCCAUGUCUGAACUGCGCCACAUCUAGCAUUUCAAGAAGACGGUGGAUUUUUUUUAUACAUUGCAUGCGAGAAUUUAUGGACUAAUAACUAUUUCUCAUUAUGCUAACGCAUGUUCGUAUUCCUCUUUACUGAAAGUCAAAAACUUCGUGUUGCUCGUUUCAUGUUGUGUUGAAGUAUAUUGCUUAAGCAUGGUUAAAAUACCGGUCGAACUAACAUCUUUUGUGUUAAAUAUUUCAUGUGAUGAUGUUAAGGAUAUCAUUGAACCGGUAGAAAAAGAUCAAAAUUACUUUAUUUAAAGUUGUGUGACACAAAUCCAGGGGUGUCCUUCCCCCUCAAUUGCUACAGAGGCACCUUCCCCAAAGAACGAGACCCCAGAAAUGAGAUCAAAAAUCCUCUAAAACCAACCCUCCCCCCUCCUCCUAAAAUCUCCAUGACGCAGUCCGCGCCAUGAGUCCCCUCCCCUCACCACCUUUCAGGGGGCUCACUUGCACGAAUCCUUUUAUAAUAUAAAAAAAGGGUGAUUCAGAAUUAUUUUAGAAUAAGCUUUUUAAUGAAUUCUGACUGGAUUACCAAUCGUUGGACGACCAUUGGCCACUAGAUAUUCGUGUCUUUCAACAGAAAUGUCAACUUUAAUAAUUACUUAUUUGCAAUUAUAUGUACUGUUUUAUUAGUCAAAGCUGUAUUCCAUCAUAAAUCAAGAUUUCAGCUGAAGAUGAUCGAGACAUUCAAAACCAAAGUGGAUCAUACCUAAAACUAUUUCUGAUUUAAAAUUGAAUUUCCACUUAAAUCAUUAAUUGAAUUUUAAAUGAUGAUCUAUGUUUACAAUUCAUUUCACAACAAUAAAAGCAAAUCAUCGUCUAAACCACUUCUGAAUUCCACUAGUUAGUCAACUUUAAUCUUGAUAAUCUCAAUCAGAACUAUUUAUGAACUUCAUCUACUUUAGCUCUUAAUGGCUCAAUUGACUUACAUGAUAUAAGAAUAUGGUACCAGAGGGUGUUAUGGUCUGACUGAGGUUUGGCAAAAAUACGGUACGCAGACCUGAAGACAUGAGUAAUACACACACAAAUAUGAAGAAAUUAAGAAUUUGUUGACAAAUGCAGUAGAACCUCGUUUAUCCGAAUCUCCGUAUUAUCCGGUUCAAAUUUGUAGCUUUAAAAAAAUUGUUUACUUAGAUAAUUAAAAAUUAUGAUAGCAAGAACGUGACUGCAAGUACCCCAAACAUUCCCUUUUUAUUUUGAUAGAAUGUACAGCUCCUGCAGAGAUUGUACAAUAAAUUAUGAUAAUGUAACAAACACCACUGCGGCUGAACCAUAAUGAUUAGAUUGACCGUGUUUUAUUCAAACGAAACAAACGUUCAAACCAAAAGACAGUGGACCAUUUCUUUGUUAAGAAAUUAUGUGAAAAAUUGUUUUAGUGUUCUUUUACGUCUUUAAAACAAUUAUAUGCAAUUUUGCUAAAGACAUACAUGGUUUUCUUGUAGUAAUGAAACGAAAUUGUGCUUAUUUAAGGAUUUGCUUUGCUUAUUACCCAUUCUACGCAGCUUUUCCGGAUUUUCGAUCAUCCAAGGUUGCCUCUAGUCCCAGUUAGUCCGAAUAAACAAGGUUGUACUGUAAGUUCAAAAAGAAAGAAAAAAUAAAAGACUCAAAAUCAAUCUAAAAAUACUUAAUAAAUACUAAUUUAAAGCGAAAAUUUUAAAUUUAUUCAAAUUGAAAACAAACAUUUCGGUCACAUUUUGGGAUCCCACUCACUCCUCGCAAAUAUAUUGCUACAAAUCUCACAUUUAUGCAUUCCAUUAAUGUUAACAUCCUCUUUGUGCCGUGAGGAACAAAAGAAAUGAUCUAAUGAUCUUUGUCAAUCAAGACUACAAUCUUUAAUUAACAAUAAGCAUUAUUAAUUCACUCAUGAACUUAGAUAAUAAUGAACCCUUUAAAUACUAAACUAAUGCAGUGUUGGGAGCAUGACCUACAUUUUAAUGCCUAAGCCACAUCAAAAGUUUUGGAUUUUUGUGUAAAAUUUGGUUGCAGUAAAAUAUGAGUCCACUUUAAAAAAUAACCAAAGUAAGGGGAUAAUGAUGAAUCAAAUAAUUCCUUCAUUAAACUUUUGAUCUCACAACAAAAUUUGGAUUUUGUAGCAACAAGGAAAUAUUUUCAACGUGAAUCAGAUGGUAAAUAUUUUAUUCAUUCAUUUUUAUCCUGAAAUCAAUUACACCCCCCCC